AUGAAAUUCUUCAUAAUAUUUCUCCUGGCUACUAGGCUUAGUGUUGGCAUCGCUUUCUAUUUCUUCUUUGAGCGAAACCGUGCCUCCAAGGAAGAAUGUUCGAAUGGUAUCUGGCAGUCCCACAUGAUCCCGGAACUGUUUUCCGUCUACUGGUCAGGCAGAAAUAAGUUCCUGGAGACGCCCCCCAACCCUGACGGAGUCAACCCUACCUCCGUCUCUCAUAACCGUACCAGCACGGGCGGUAAGAUUGACGAGGAGCACCGUCCACUCUCAUACCUUGACUAUGAGUACAACGUCAUGAACGGAGGGAUCAUCAUGGAAGAGAAGCCGGCCGGCUUUACCCUGUUGGAAAUGAAGCCUUGGGUGCCGGCGGAGCUCAUCGCCACGGAUGACCAAGAAAGGUUACCUGAGUAUAUAAUCUACAAGGGACUUGUUUAUCGUGAUCACCCGAACAUGCUGCGUAUUCACACGGCUUUGAUCACACGACUUGUUACUUCCAACUACUGGAGGGAAUCCCUCAAGUUAUUGCCACGGAAACCCAUUCAAUCAAUACAUUCUCAAUCGACACCCGCGAUUACUAACUUUGAUACAGAACCAUAUCCCGUUCCCCGACAAUAUCAACCAUCGCCUUCACAAUGUGCUACCAAAUUUCCAACUUCCAAUGCCGGGAUAUUUCUCGUGUCCGGAUUCCUUGCUGAAAGUUCAAAGAACGCCGUGAGGCGUGUCUCCGACCUCUUCUUGACUGGCUUUGGCCUGUCCAACCCUGCAACAAGACAGUUCAAGAGGCACAAGAGCCAGGACAUGCUGCUUUCUCACCCCCACCAAGCGGGGAAGGAAAUCCAGAAAGACAGCAACCUCGGUACGGUAACUCCAGCCUCCAGCUGGGCCGAAAUCGUCCAAACCGCAGACGCCCCCGUCCAGUACGGCGCCUCAAUCACCGCUCCAUCCCAUCAGGUUGGACACUGA